AUGCCCAGAGUAUGUGGUGGCUGUUGCAGUAUGAUGCCAAGAGUAUGUGGUGGCUGUUGCAGUAUGAUGCCAAGAGUAUGUGAUGGCUGUUGCAGUAUGAUGCCAAGAGUAUGUGAUGGCUGUUGCAGUAUGAUGCCCAGAGUAUGUGAUGGCUGUUGCAGUAUGAUGCCAAGAGUAUGUGAUGGCUGUUGCAGUAUGAUGCCAAGAGUAUGUGAUGGCUGUUGCAGUAUGAUGCCAAGAGUAUGUGAUGGCUGUUGCAGUAUGAUGCUCAGAGUAUGUGAUGGCUGUUGCAGUAUGAAGCCCAGAGUAUGUGAUGGCUGUUGCAGUAUGAUGCCAAGAGUAUGUGAUGGCUGUUGCAGUAUGAUGACAAGAGUAUGUGAUGGCUGUUGUACUAUGAUGCCCAGAGUAUGUGAUGGCUGCUGCAGUAUGAUGCCAAGAGUAUGUGAUGGCUGUUGCAGUAUGAUGCCAAGAGUAUGUGAUAGCUGUUGCAGUAUGAUGCCCAGAGUAUGUGAUGGCUGUUGCAGUAUAAAGCCCAGAGUAUGUGAUGGCUGUUGCAGUAUGAUGUCAAGAGUAUGUGAUGGCUGUUGCACUAUGAUGCCCAGAGUAUGUGAUGGUUGCUGCAGUAUGAUGCCCAGAGUAUGUGAUGGCUGUUGCAGUAUGAUGCCGAGAGUAUGUGAUGGCUGUUGCACUAUGAUGCCCAGAGUAUGUGAUGGUUGCUGCAGAAUGAUGCCCAGAGUAUGUGAUGGCUGUUGCAGUAUGAUGCCGAGAGUAUGUGACGGCUGUUGCAGUAUGAUGCCCAGAGGAUGGACUGCUGUUGCAGUAUGA